AUCGGGCGGCGGCGGUCAUCGACAGCACGUGUAUAUAAGGGCUACUUCGCCACCCCAUGAGCACCACUGAGUUGCCCGACUUUGAAGACGACACUACAGCUGUAACAGAAGUAUACUCGAGCUUAAUCGUCACCUAACCUAAAAUUCAACAACCAUGAAAUUCUACGUAGUAUUCAGUGUCUUGGCAGCUUUGGCUCUGCACGCUCUCGCCGACGAAACCAAAGACAGCGUCCCGGCAACAGUCUCUGCAGCCAUCGACCGUGCUACGGCUGUUACGAAAGCUACCAUUUCGAACGAUAAUGAAAAUUGGUCAUUGAUCCCGAACAGCUAUGGAGCAGCUCUAGCGGCGGGCGGAGCGGUCGUGAUCGGAGUGGUCGUGUUGCUGGCCAUCUCGGCUAUUGUCAGCCCGUUGUUCGGAUACAGACUUUGUCAGAUAUUCAGCACCUGCGAAGUCCCACCAGCAGCUACCGGAUACAGCGCAGACGCGUACCAAUCGUUCCCACCGACUUACAACAAGAGAUCUAUUGAGUACGUCAAACCAAUCUUGCAAGUUUUGAACUCGGCCUACGAAAAGUACGGACACGGUGCUAUUCCAGCGGGUUUGGUUAACACGAUGAGGAACGUUAACGCACAACAAUAACCGGUUCAAAUCAACAUCAACUGCAGCUAGAUAUAUUAAUUCCGGAAGAAUUAAAAUUUUUUAAGUCGACAAUUAUGCACAACAAAUGUGUAUCGUAUAAUUUAUAAUGUUCACAUGUAAAUCAUAAUCACUAUAUCUAGCUGUAAAUAUUAAACUAUUAUCGUGUUUAACCGGCAUGUCAUUCACAAACAACAAUUUAAUCAUAUUUAUUAUAAUAAAAACAAUACAUAUAUAAAAAAAUAAAA